CCUUUUUACCAAGCCUUCGACACAGUAAUAUGACUUUGGCCGUCGAUCUUCUUAACCCUUCCGUUGAACACGAGAAGCGCUCUCACAAGCUCAAGAGACUUGUGCAGUCUCCUAACUCUUUCUUCAUGGAUGUCAAGUGUCCUGGUUGUUUGAACAUCAGCACUGUUUUCAGUCACGCUCAAACCGUUGUCCUUUGUGCUUCUUGCGGUACCGUUUUGUGCCAACCUACUGGUGGUCGUGCCCGUUUGACUGAAGGUUGUUCUUUCCGUAGAAAGGCCAACUAAAGUGUUUACAACAUCGGUUUUUCUCAACUUUUUUUUUUUAAAGAAAAAAAUAAAAAACCUUAAACUACUUGCAACAAAGGCUUUCAAGUCCAAA